AGAGUUCGAGAGUUUUCUUUAUUCCCUAGCGUUUCUCACUCUCUACACUUGGUGUUUUGUGUUUGAGAUCUUUCAGAAGAAAAGCGAUAUGGCCGGAGUAGGAAGCAACGUGAUGGUCAACGGCGGUCGGAAUUUGCCAAGCGGGAUUUACGGCCGUAUGAUUCCGAAGAGGGGAAGGGUGAAGGUGGCGAUACUGGUUGGGAUUGCUAACUCUGUUGCUUCCAUCUUCUCACGCAGUAGUUGUGGAGCCGCUGCUCUCUUGUCCUAACUUCAGACAACACUGAAAAAUUUGAGGAUUUUGUAAGAGCCCAUGGUAGAGUGUGAGUAGAAGUUAGAAGUAGAGGUGUUGCUGCCCUCGGAAUGAUGUGAGCAGAUCUGUUUUUCCUUUUUCUUCUUUUCUUUCUCUGUUGUUCAUUUCUGAUUUGUCCAUGGUUUUUGCGCUGGCGAUGAAAAUAAAUUCUUAUUGUUUUCUUUUUUGAAAUUACUUGAUUUCCUUCCUUUAUGUUGUUUGAGUUUCUGGAACACUUUUAAUUUUCCUGUUGAUCUCCUUCUGUUUGGAUAGCAAGAAAAUUCAACUCCAUCUGCUGUUCUUUCAAUUUUCAACUACCAUUCGUUGGUAUCAAAAGAGUGAAUUCUUCAAAGCUAGGAUGAUUUGAUAUGGGUUCUGGGAUCUGGAGUUCCAGCUACCCUUUUAGAAAAGAAAAGAUUUUUUUUUUU